UCCACAUCCAUACGGCUGUGGUUGGAUGUGGGAAACAAGACAUCUGCUGAGACUGUAACGCCCGGAAAAGGACGCGCUGUUGCCGGCUACAGGACCCAAGAGCUGUCGCCUCCGUGCGGGAUCGAAGGAUGGCGGCGGACGUGGAUAACAGAGCCCCCGAGGAUGAGGGAGGAAGUCCGCCGCAGAACAGGCGCCAGAGUGCGGGCUCGGGAUCUUGGGUGCACCGGGCGAUGUGGACGCUGCUGGUGCUCGGUGCCGUUCCUCUGCUCGCGUUGGGAAUCAAGUGGCAUCAGGACGCUCAGCUCGUCAAACGUCAUGAGGAGAGUGUUCGAGUUCUCGGUGCCGAGGGGCUCUUUCUCUUCGCUUCGUUGGACACCGACCACGACCUCUAUCUCAGCCCGGAGGAGUUUAAACCAAUUGUUGAGAAACUCACAGGGAUCUCAGCCCCUGUGGAUUUUGAGGAGGAAGUGAUCCAUGAUCCCAGCGGGGAGAUUUUGACGUUGGAGGCAAAAAUGCAGCCACUGCUGCUCGACUCUAUGACGAAAAGCAAGGAUGGUUUUCUUGGGGUUUCUCACAGCUCUCUGAGUGGGCUGCGCUCUUGGAAAAGCCCAGCAGUGCCUUCUUCUUCAUACUCCGCCAGCCAGUUCAGGGUCUUCCUGCCCCCAAAGAACAAGGCUGAAGUGGGAGACACGUGGUGGGUGAUGCCCAGUGAGCUCAACAUCUUUACUGGAUACCUGCCCAACAAUCGCUACCACCCUCCCACACCAAAAGGGAAAGAGGUUCUCAUCCACUCACUGCUGAGUAUGUUCCACCCUCGACCCUUCAUCAAGUCACGUUUCGCUCCUCAGGGCGCAGUCGCCUGCAUCCGUGCCAGCAACGACUAUUACUAUGACAUUGUAAUCAGGAUUCAUGCAGAGUUCCAGCUCAACGAUGUUCCUGACUUUCCCUUCUGGUUCACCCCGGGCCAGUUCACUGGUAACAUCGUCCUCUCUAAAGACGCAUCUCAUGUCCGACACUUCCACCUCUACGUCCCUAACGACAGGUCUCUGAAUGUGGACAUGGAGUGGCUGUACGGGGCCAGCGAGAGCAGCAACAUGGAGGUGGACAUUGGAUACCUCCCGCAGUUAGAGCUGCAGUCCACGGGCCCCUCGACUCCCUCCAUCAUCAUGGACGAGGAGGGCAACGUCAUAGACAGUCGGGACGGCAGCUCCGAACCCAUCCAGUUUGUCUUCGAAGACAUCCACUGGACCUCGGAGAUCAGUCAGCAAGAAGCCACUCGGCGUCUGGAGGUCACCCUCUACCCCUUUAAGAGGGUGUCCUACCUGCCUUUUUCCGAGGCCUUUGAGCGAGCCCAAGCAGAGAGGAAGCUGGUGCAUUCCAUUCUGCUUUGGGGAGCUUUAGACGACCAGUCCUGCUGAGGUUCGGGGCGAACUCUCCGGGAGACAGUCCUGGAAAGUUCGCCCGUCAUGGCCCUGCUCAACCAGAGCUUCAUCAGCAGCUGGUCUCUGGUCAAAGAGCUGGAGGGCCUGCAGGCUGAUGAGCAGAACUCUGUUCUGAGUGAAAAGGCUCAAUUACAUCUGGAGAAGUACAACUUCCCCGUAGAGAUGAUGGUGGCGUUGCCCAAUGGAACCAUUGUCCACCACAUCAACGCCAACUUCUUCCUGGACCAGACGGCCAUGAAGCCAGAGGAGGAAGGAGCCACAUUCAGCUUCUCCGCAGGGUUCGAGGACCCGUCCACAUCCACUUAUAUCAGCUUCCUGAAAGAGGGGCUGGAGAAAGCCAAGGAGUACCUGGCACAGUAGUGUGUUUGUGCGUGUGUGGUAGAGGCUGAGGGUUAAGAAAACCCCUCCAACCGUCUUGUAGAGAAGCCGUCUCAUCAGUGUUGGAAGCUGAGAAACGUUUUUGCCUACAAUCCUGUUUGUCACCAUUUAUUUGAAUGUCUCUCCUGGUUAAAAAAUGGUUUUAUAUUCAGUAUUUAUAUUGCGAGAAAAAGUACAUAUACAGUUACUGUCAAUGUAAUACAUUUUAAUGAAAGAUAAAGGCCUUGCACUGAGCAGUAACAACCAAACACAUUUAGAUCUGCUCUCUCUGCUGAUGAAUGUAGAUAUAAAAGGCAGGCGUAGGCCUGCCAACUCAUUCUUCAGUGCAAGUGCUUAUGUCAUCUUAAAGACAAAUCAGAAGUGCAUCAACAUAUCAUCCUUCUUUUAUAUCCCGGUGCUGCAUGUGCAAUAUUUAACGACUGAAUGAGUUUUUCCUGCUGCUGAUUCUACCCAGAGACGGCGCCGGUGCCGCCUCCAGCUGUGUCUCAGCAGUUUGUGAAGACUUUGCCUGAAAGCUCUCUUGGGGCCGGGUGACGCCUGAUGUUGUUGCUGAGGCUGCUGGAAGGAAACAACUGUUGCUGUCUCAGGGGACAAACACAGCUGGAAAAAUUUAACAGGGUAGCGCCACAUGAUUUACUGAUGCGUUUACAUGUUUUCUUUGUGUUUUAAACCAAAUGUUGAGAUAUUUUGCAGUUUUUGUGUUCAGAGGAAGAUGUAACCACACCAAAGAACUUUUUUUUAAUCAUGUACAGUAGCUCGCUCGCAGCUUGGGCAUUUGCCCACUUCAUAUUUAUGUAGCUCAGUGGAACCAAAUGGUAAUUUCUUUUGAAGAAUUGUUUGAUCCCUUAACUGGAAGCCACAUGGUGCUGUAUUCUCUUUGACACUACAGUCAAACUACUACGUUUACUUGUGUCUUUUGCUAAACAAAGACAAAAUACAUGAUAAUUUAAGGGGAAACAAGACUUACUGCCCCGUGGUUUAUUUAAUCUACCAAUUAGUGAAUUUCAGUCAAAAUAUUUUUUUUACCGACUCAUGAGGUCACUGUUAAUCUUUAAGUCCAAGUGAAAACUGGACUUUGAAGUAAUUCCCUAAAGGCAAAUAACAUUAUCAAGUGGCCAAAAAUGUUUUGUGAUGCCAUGGUGACCUCUAACCUUUGACCAUUCAAAUCUAAUCAGUGAGUCUAAGUAAACAUUUGUGCCAAAUUUGAAAGGAUUCUUUUCGAGGGAUUAUUAAGAUAAAAUGUUCACAAGGCAAAACAAGUGUAUUGUGAGGUCACCUUUGACAUUGGACUACCAAAAUGUAAUCAAGUCAUCUGUGAGCCCAAGUGAAUGUUUGUGCCAAAUUAUAAAGUAUUCCCUUGAGAUGUCCCUGAUAUAUCAUGUGUAUCUUGAGGUCACUGUCACCAAAUUCUCAUCAAUUCAUCCUUGGGCCAAAGUGAAAGUGCUUGAGAUAUCAUGUUCAUGAGAAUGGGACGGAUGCACGGACAACCUGGAAACACAGCUGUUGCCACUACAGAGGCAUAAAGAACAAGUCAACAUGGACACAAAAUUAGCUGUUUAUCACUGUACGUCUGAUUUUCACCUCCUCAAUUUCGGUUACAAGUGUGAAACGGGAGAAUUUAAUGAUUUAAAAAACUCAUCGGAUUACUACCAGUGGAUUUUGAUAAUGAGAAUAACAUUGUAACAGUACAACACAGACAUACAAGGUCCUGUCAGCGUGAGAUUUCUGAAUGUUUGAAACCUGUUAUUCUACCAGUGUUAUUUUUUGAAGGUGAAAUAAAACUUGUCGUUUUUUUACACAUUGAA